AUGACUAGAAAGAAGGUUAAGCUAGUAUGGAUAGUUAAUGAUAGUGCAAGAAAAGCUAGCCUCAAAAAAAGAAGAAUUGGGCUAUUAAAGAAAGUGAGUGAACUCACCAUUUUAUGUGGUGUUAGUGCAUUUGCUAUCAUCUAUAGCCCAGGUGAAGCUGAGCCAAUGAUAUGGCCAUCAAGGUCAGUAAUGCAACAAAUGUUAAUAAGAUAUGAAAAUAUACCAGAAAUAGUUAAGUAUAAAAAGAUGAUGAAUCAAGAAAUUUAUUUAAAGGAGAGAUUAGGUAAGAAUCAUGAGCACUCAAAGAAGAGUAAAAAAAAGAAUAGAGACCUAGAAAUGUCUUAUCUUAUGGAUAGGCUCCACAGCCAAAGAAAUGGUAUUGAUGAUUUUGCAGCAAUUGAAAUGCAAAUACUUAUAUGGUUGCUGGAGGAGAGGAUGCGGAAUGUUCGAAAAAGAGUAGAUUUUUUUCAACAAGUUCCGCCUCUUCCUCCACUCGGGCGUCCACCUCCUCUUCCUUCGCGAGGCACUCGUAUUGACAUGGAGGUAAUGGCUGGUAGUGAUUAUGGUGGCGCAGAUCGCGUCAUUCAGAACGAUUAUAAUAAUCUCAAUGAUGCGAUGUUGUUGAACCAACGGUUUGUUGAUAUGAUCAACGCCGCUGAAUAUACUAAUGUUCCUAGUAGCGGCGGUGGUACUCAACAUGACAUAGGCAUGCUACCACCGUAUGCUUAUAACCAUCCGGCGGGUUUUUCAGGUGCUGAUCAUUUGAAGCCUUAUGGCUUAGGGUUUCCUCUCCCUACUAAUGCUAACUUCACUAUACCAAGCAGCAACGGCUACGGGGGAGGAAAUGCUUUUUUUGAUUUGGGGCAGUCGCUUGUUCUGCCUUCGGUGGGAGGAAACCCUUUCGAAUUUGGGCUUCCCCAUGAAAAUAUUGCAGGGGGCAGUACUACUACAGGAAAUGCAAUGGGACUAGAGCUGGCUCCUCCUACGAGCAAUGUUGGAGGUGACUUUGGCGGUAACAUGGAGCUGUCUGAAUUUCUUGGUGGUGGAAGUGAUACUGGGCUGCCAUAUGAUUUUUCAAGGGGUUGGCCGCAUUCUUUCUCUCCAUGA